AUGACCAUCGCCACCACAGCUCUAACUCUCGCGGCGCUUAUCGCGGCCAGCCCGUCGGUCAAUGAGCGCGCCACCUCCUCGACCAUCUCCUGGGCCUCCUGCACCACCCUCGACUGGCGCUACGCAAUUGGCGACCCGCUCAACAUCACGUGCGGCUUCUUCGAGGUGCCGAUGGAUUAUGGGGAUGCGAGUGUAGGUGCGUGCAAUGCGGACGCGUCUGUGGGUGCCUGGACGGUUUGGGGAUGCCGGUGCAGGUUCGUGCACGAGCGCAUGUGGUUUGGGGAGGAGGAGAAAGUGAGAGAGAGGUGGAGACGAGAAAGAGGGAGGGAGAAGUGGAGACAAGAGGGAGCAGUGCAGACGAGAGACAGAAGUGGACCGAAGGCGAGAACCCAAGCACUGAACCCACCCACAGGCACCGCCAAGCUCGCCGUCGCCCGCUACCCCGCCCAGGGCGAGCGGAAGGGGACGGUGUUCGUCAACCCAGGCGGGCCGGGCGGCUCCGGCGUCGCCUUUGUUUUGGGCUAUGGACCCGACCUGGCUGCGAUGGUCGGCGGCGGCUACGAUGCGAUGGACGGCGGCGGCUACGAUAUGGUGUCCUGGGACCCGCGCGGCGUGGGGCAUACCGAGCCGGGGGCGCCGGGAUGUUUGACCGACGAAGAGUGGAAUGAACUGUUCGAAGGGACUAUGGAAACGGAGGGUUUGGACAUCAGGGGCAACCUCUCGGACGGGGAUCAACUCACGGAGUUUUAUUCGCAUGUGGACGAGAUGGAGGCGAAGUAUCGGGCGCUGGGGCAGAAGUGUGCGGAGGCGGAUAGCGCGGCCAACCUCCCCUACCUCGGCACCGCCGCCGCGGCGCGCGACAUGGCCGCACUGGCCGACUACCUCGACCCGGGGGCGCAAGAGAUCAACUAUUGGGGCUUCUCGUACGGGAGCAUGUUGGGGUUUGUGUUUGUGAAUAUGUUCCCAGACCGCGUCGGUCACGUCGUCCUCGAUGGGUGUAUGAACCCGCUCCUGUACGCGAACAAGCCAACGACGGAGUACUUCCCUAACGACGUCGUCGACGCGGACGAGGCCUUCGAGGGCUUUACCACUGCGUGCGCGCUCGCGGGGCCGGGGAGCUGUGCGUUGGCGAAGAAUACCACGAAUUCGGGAAAGAAUGAGACGGACUCGAGCGAGGGUAUCAAGGAAAGGGUGCAGGGGAUGUUGGAUCUCGCCCACACCCUCGCCGCCUCCGGCGCGGACCUCAGCGACACCAUGACCUCCGCGCAGGCCCGCACCUACCUCUUCGAAGCCCUCGCGGAGCCGACGAGUUGGGCGAGCUUGGCGGGGUAUCUGGAGGCUUAUGGGGAGAAGUUGCAGGGGAUGGCGGCGAACUCCACAUCAGACAACUCGACUAGCACGACAAACUCCAGCGCGAGAAGCAAGGGGAGCUCGAGCAGCACGCCUGAGGCGCACGCGUCCUUCAAGCACCGCUGGCAGAUCCCCACCAGAUCUUUGGCCGAUAGCACCCCGUCCAAGCGGCAGGUCGCCCCGUCGAAGCGGCAGGUCGCCCCGUCCAAGCGCCAGGUUGCACCAUCCGAGCCGCACACCUACGAGUUCGAGGCCAUUUACUGCGGGGACGGCGUUGAUGCAGACACUGUUCCCGACUCCAGUUCACCUCCCAAUUUCGACAUGACCAUGCGCGGCGGCUUCGAGGCCAUCGCCUACGCCUCCACCAACGUGUCCGCCAUGUUCGGCCCCCAAUGGGGCGCGCAGGGCAAUCUGUGCUUCGCGUGGCCGGCGCGGGCGGUGGAGCGGUAUACGGGGCCGUGGGAUAAAGAGCUGAAGAAUAAGGUGUUGGUCAUUGGUACUACGGCCGACCCCGUCACCCCCUUCGAGAACGCGCAGCUCAUGGCCGACCUCCUGGGCGACAGCGCCGUGCUCGUAAGGCAAAACGGCUUCGGGCACGCGAGCCUCGCGGAGAAGUCGAGCUGCACGAUCGGGGUGGUGAGCCGGUAUUUCCAGGAUGGGGAGCUCCCGACGGGCGACGACACGGUGUGCGAGAUUGAUGAUAGCGUGGUGCUAUUCCCCGACUCCGACGUUACUCAGGCGCGCGUCAAAUCGGAGAUCCUGGCAGCGUCGGCGGUGUAGAUCUGUCUUCCUUCACGGACUGGUCAAUCUCGCACCGACGACAGUCACUGUGUGCCGCUCGUUCAAUGACAGACGCGAACAAUCGUUCUUCCUAACUUAUUACACGUACCUUCUGUCUUAGGGACUGGGAUCAGGGCUGAGCUGCAGGGAGAGGGAGAAUAUUCUAUGCUAUAGCUCGAAGCAGACAAAUGAUUAGGCUACAGAGAAUGGGAAUGAUGCAGA